AUGUUUUUCUCACCUUCAUCAUUUUUGCGUAGGGACCUAUUUGGGUGACUUCUGGCAGGGGUUACGUACGCAGCUUGAUUUCUCAUUAGUAAACCAGUAAUUGAGUGGCCAUAUUUAUUUGUUGCUUUAUCACCAAUGUACCUCUCGGUCCUACUAAGUGUCAGAUAAAAGCUUAACCAUUAUAUUUUUCCUUCUCUCCUUUUCAUCAUAGAAAUUUGCUCAGUGUCCAACAUACUAUCACAAAAUAAUUGGACAUUUUCAUGGCUCCAGUUUUCAACUCUUCAAAAUCAAUGUACAAUUUUGUUGUACGAGAAGGGAAUGGAAUCAAAGGCUUGGUAGAUUCAGGUUUAUCAGAAGUUCCAAAGAUAUACAUACAACCCAUAAACAAAAGAAUCAACAAACUAGACACAAAACCAUGUGAUAUGCCACCAAUUGACUUAUCAAAGCUCAAUGGAAUAGAACAUGAAAAAGUGGUGGAUGAGAUUGUUAGAGCAGCUGAAACUCUUGGAUUUUUUCAAGUAGUGAAUCAUAGUGUUCCUUUGGAGUUAUUGGAAUCACUUAAAGAUUCAGCACACACAUUUUUCAAUAUGCCACCAGAGAAGAAAGUAGUUUAAGGAAAAAUUUUAAAGAUGAGAUAUGGGACUAGCUUUGCUCCUGAGAAAGAAAAUGUGCUGGAAUGGAAAGACAAUAUUGUUAUGGAGUAUGGUAGUGAUGAAGAUGCUCUUCAAUAUUGGCCUAAUGUGUGCAAGGAAGUUGCACUUGAAUAUUUCAAGUUAUCAUCAAAGAUAGUAAGAGACAUUUUAGAAAUAUUAAUUGGUAAACUAGAAGUGAAAGUAGAUGACUCAAAAAUUGAAAGUCUUAUUGGUUUGAAGACGGUUAACAUGAACUACUAUCCAGCAUGCCCAAAUCCAGAUCUUACUGUGGGUGCAGGGCAACAUACAGACACAGGGAGCAUCACAGUGCUGCUUCAAGAUGGAGUUGGUGGCUUGCAUGUCAAAGUCGAAGAUGACAAUGAUGUUGGACAAGGAGAAUGGCUGGAAAUUCCACCGAUCCCUGGAGCUUUAGUCAUCAAUGUUGGUGAUGCUUUACAGAUACUAAGCAAUGGAAAGUACAAGAACUGUGAACAUCGAGCAAUGCAAAGGAAGGAAGACUCUUGAUUUUGCAAAGAUCAACUCUGGUUAACUCUAUAAAUUAAAAAAGUAUGACAUGAACCAAUAAUUUAUGUCUGUAUCCUCAUCUUGCGAUAAAGAAUCAUCAAUAUUGUAUAGAAUAUUAAACUUUUAAUUCAUCUUGUGGUAAAGAUUGAAUAAUAUAUGUGGGAGUUAUAAAUUUGAUCGUCAUCUUGAGAUACCCCAAACCAAACCAAACAUUUUAAUUAAAUGAACUUUGAAUUGACUAUGUUUACCGUUUAGUUAUUUGAAUGAUUCGAUCAUCAUUUUAUCUCCGCUAGACCACCAAUUUGAUUCAUAAGAACAAAAUGAAUAUGUUAGUUACCAACUUUUUCUAUUGUGUGAAUGGGUGUGGUGCUACGUAAACAACUUAUCAAUUGCUUUUGGAUUGUAAUUUUUUAAGCAACAUUUGGCAACAUGUUCGUCACUCGAUUGGUUUCUCUUCGGUUGAUAUUUCAGUUCAUUUUAUUCGGUUUGGCUAUUUAACCGGCGUAUUAGAAUAUGUAUAUAUUCAUUGUUUGACUUGUAAAUAUUGAUUAGUUUUAUUUUUUUUUGGUCAAGUAGUCUAGGGGCUGGAUUCACGCACAUUAUGUGAUUUUCAAAAUAGGUUUGACACUAGUUGUAAAUAUUUCA